CUCUGUCCUCUCUUUCCGGCGCAGCGAUGGGGCCGGCGCGCCGGGCGGCCGCCGCCUUGCUGGCGGUGCUGUGCGCGGGCUGCGCGCUGCGCCCGGGGCGCGCGCAGUACGAGCGCUACAGCUUCCGCAGCUUCCCGCGGGACGAGCUGAUGCCGCUCGAGUCGGCCUACCGGCACGCGCUGGACCAGUACAGCGGCGAGCACUGGGCCGAGAGCGCGGGCUACCUGGAGAUCAGCCUGCGGCUGCACCGCCUGCUGCGCGACAGCGAGGCCUUCUGCCACCGCAACUGCAGCGGGGCGGCGCCGCGCGAGCCCGCCGCGGGGCUGGCGCGCUACCCCGAGCUGCGGCUCUUCGGGGGCCUGCUGCGGCGCGCGCACUGCCUCAAGCGCUGCAAGCAGGGCCUGCCGGCCUUCCGCCAGUCGCAGCCCAGCCGCGAGGUGCUGGCCGACUUCCAGCGCCGCGAACCCUACAAGUUCCUGCAGUUCGCCUACUUCAAGGCAAAUAAUCUCCCGAAAGCCAUCGCGGCCGCUCACACGUUUCUCCUGAAGCACCCGGAUGACGAGAUGAUGAAGAGGAACAUGGCAUAUUACAAGAGCUUGCCCGGGGCAGAGGACCACAUCAGAGACCUGGAAACCAAGUCUUACGAGAGCCUAUUCAUCCGAGCGGUGCGGGCGUACAAUGGCGAGAACUGGAGAACGUCUAUCACGGAUAUGGAGCUGGCCCUGCCCGACUUCUUCAAGGCCUUCUACGAGUGCCUCGCGGCCUGCGAGGGCUCCAGGGAGAUCAAGGACUUCAAGGACUUCUACCUCUCCAUAGCAGAUCAUUAUAUAGAGGUUCUGGAAUGCAAAAUACAGUGCGAAGAGAACCUCACCCCUGUCAUCGGCGGCUACCCCGUGGAGAAGUUUGUGGCCACCAUGUAUCAUUAUUUGCAGUUUGCUUAUUACAAGCUGAGCGACCUGAAGAACGCAGCCCCGUGUGCGGUCAGCUACCUGCUCUUCGACCAGCACGACAAGGUCAUGCAGCAGAACCUGGUAUAUUACCAGUACCACAGGGACAAGUGGGGCCUCUCGGACGAGCACUUCCAGCCCAGGCCGGAAGCGGUUCAGUUCUUCAACGUGACCACCCUGCAGAAGGAGCUGUAUGACUUCGCCAAGGAGCACAUAAUGGAUGACGAUGAGGCAAAAGUUGUAGAAUAUGUGGAUGACCUGUUGGACCUGGAGCAGACUGGCUAGUCCGCAGCCGCCAGAGGGACUUCCUGUCCGUGUUCAGGACACACAGAUCCUCCAUCUUACUUUUCCCAGCAGCCCGGGCUGUCGAUACCUCGGAGCCCCCUUUAUAAGGUGAAAGGGACGCCCCGCCGCUCUUCCCGUGUGGAACCAGGGUGAGCCUGCCUUCCCUGCGCUCACCCCGUCUUCUCAUCCUCCCGUCUUCCCGUCUGCACACCUGUCCUCGUGGUCACACCUGUCCUCCUCGUGGGCACACCCGUCUUGUGGUCACAUCCAUCUUCCCGUCUUCCCUGGUGCUAGUAUGUGCCUUUGUCACCACUCUGGUUGGAAGGACGGUCUUCCAUGACCUGUUCUUGCCCCCAUGAAUGUCAGUGUUAUUAUUUUUUAAACAAGAAAACUUACCGAAAAGA